CGGGUGAAGGACCGGCUUUCUUGCACACAGACAAAGGCGUGAGGAGGAUGGAGGGCGCGGACAAGAGGACAAGUCCAGUUUGGGUCUACUCACGACCAGGGAAGCAGAAAGACAAUCUUUCAAUGUAACCAUAAAAAUUCAACUAACGAGACAGAAAAAUUGUAGUACCAUGGCUUAGAUAUAGCAAAUGCGCCAGGCAUUUGUAGUAGAUGUCUUGUGUUCAUAUAGACAGACAGACAGACAUAUAAAUAUAACCGGUAACUUUGUAAAGUAAUUCUGGAAAAUUAAAACAAAGAGGAAUAUAUAUGAGAAGGCUUCACUCAGUAAGAAAACACUUUUCAGAAUCUGAACAGUAUUUGUUUGUCUAAAUAACAGACAUUGAUAUUAACCGGACUUAUCUUUUCUCACUACAUAUUUCACAACCUCCUCGAAACGUCAGCUUUAGGAUUUUAGUCUCCAGACAUGACAUCAACAACGCUGGAAGCUGGAACCAUUUUACACUCAAACUAACAGAAACACUGACAUCGAGUUUUGAAAGCCUUUUUGUAAUGGACGACAUUAUUUGUUAAAUACCUGACGAUGGACUCGGUGAGGUUUAAGCAAUUAGUCCUAUCAGUCCCAACCAACCUAACCAACAUGCCCGUUAAAAAGAGAGGAGGAGGAUUGUGUGGCUGUUUUGGGAGCAACGAACCACCCGAAAUUACGUAUCACGUUGUGGAGAAUGGAGGGGUGGUCAACUUGCAACCACACCCCCUCACUCCCACACAACCAUUACCAGAUGAAGAAGAGCUGAACGCAAAAUUUUCUGAGUUAGUCGAAGAAUUGGAUUUGACAGCAGCUAAGCGAGAAAUCAUGUUCAGUUUACCGCCAGAAAAGAAAUGGCAGCUUUAUCUAAGCAAGAAAACGGAGCAACAAGAAUCGUCUUCGGCACAUUUUCCUGACUAUUACGUGGAGAGGGUAAAUUCAAUGUCAAUGCUCCUCUUUCCCCGAGAAGAGGAAGAAAUUACAGUUCGAGCCAAGCUUCUGGAUAACCUCAAAACAGCGUUGCGUACACAACCAAACAGUUUCGUGAUGAGAUUCCUGGAGCAAGAUGGAUUGGUGUGCUUGCUAAAUUUUUUAACUAAUAUGGACUACGAUACGUCAGAAAGUGCUAUCCACACGUCUUUAAUUGGCUGUGUAAAAGCACUGAUGAAUAACUCGAGUGGGAGGUCUUACGUUUUGGCACAUUCAAAUGCUAUCAAUGCCAUUGCUCAAAGCCUUGCUGUAGAUAAUGUUAAGACAAAAACCGCAGUUCUGGAAAUUUUGGGAGCCGUCUGUUUAGUUCCUGGUGGUCAUCGAAAGAUUCUUGAAGCAAUGCUCUAUUUUCAGAAGUUUGCCUACGAAAGAACAAGAUUCCAGACUAUAGUCAACGAUUUGGACAGGAGCACCGGGGUGUAUAGGGAAGAGGUAGGCCUAAAAACAGCCAUCAUGUCCUUUAUCAAUGCCAUUAUCAACUACGGACCUGGACAAGAGCAUUUGGAGUUUCGUCUACAUCUCAGAUACGAGUUUCUAAUGCUGGGAAUUCAGCCUGUAAUAGAUAAGCUACGCAGUCAUGAAAAUGCCACUCUUGACAGGCAUCUUGAUAUAUUCGAAAUGGUUCGAAACGAAGACGAAAAAGAACUGGCUCGCAGAUUUGGUACGGUUCAUGUGGACACUAAAAGUGCCACAGGGAUGUUUGAAGUACUCAAACAGAAACUUUCACGUACAGCCGCUUAUCCUCAUUUCCUGUCUCUGCUGGAACACUGCCUUUCGUUGCCGUUGGAUUAUGGUGCUUGUCCUCAGCAUUGGCUGCUGUUUGACCGGAUUGUACAACAAAUAGUUUUACAAGGAGAUAACAGAGAAGAUCCAGAUGUAACUCACUUGCAAAUAAACGUGAAGAAGAUAGUUCAGCUCCUGACAACAGAAGAAGAACUCCGGGCUGCUAGGGAAAAAGCGGAGACACUGGAAAGAGAAAAUUCUGACUUAAACACGAAACUGUCUAAAAAAGAACAAGAAGUUGAGCAGCAUCUACAAGAAAAGGAGGAUCUUCAGUCUAUUGUUGAUAAAAUGAGGGUUAAGUUGGAGAGAGAAACAGUUGGCCAUCUUCAGGCUAAUCAGAAAAUAGAAGAAUUGGAUUACAGAUUAGAACAGAUGAGUCAACUGCUUGAAAUGGAGCGACAACAGCGUAGCCAAGUGACUCAUAUAUUCAACGGAAGUCUCUCUGACGAUACAAAAGUGGAGUAUACUACCCCAAAAUCUGCAGCACCUCCACCACCACCACCCCUUCCUUCUCUUACACCGCUUAUGACUCCACCAAUUGCUCCACCCAUUCCUCCCCAUGGAUUGGGCGGACCUCCACCCCCUCCCCCACUGGUAACUUGCCGAUCCACUAGUUUGAAAAACUAUGCCCCAAUUGAAAAGAAUAUUCCUCAACCAUCAGUUCCUCUGAAGACCUUUAACUGGUCCAAGCUGCCUGAGAGUAAACUUGAAGGUACGAUUUGGACAGAACUGGACGAUACAAAACUAUACAAAGAUAUUGAUCUCUUUGAAAUGGAUAAAAUGUUCUCUGCCUAUCAAAAACAACAGUGUAACGGCAGCAUUGAAGACCUGACAGCAGUGACGUCACGAACACCACCACGGACGAGAGAAUUCUCAGUAAUCGAUGGCCGUCGAGCUCAGAACUGUACAAUUCUUUUGUCCAAGUUAAGGCUUUCAAAUGAAGAAAUCUGUAAAGCUAUUCUAAGUAUGGACAGCAAAGAUCAAUUGCCCAAAGAUAUGGUAGAACAGUUGAUGAAAUUCACUCCCAACCCAGAAGAAAAAGCAUUAUUGGAUGAACACAGUGCAGAAAUAGAGAGCAUGGCUAGAGCAGAUCGGUUUUUGUAUGAGAUCAGUAGGGUUGUGCAUUAUGAACAAAGAGUCAAAACUUUGUUUUACAAGAAAAAAUUUCAAGAAAGAAUAACGGAUUGUAAACCAAAAAUAGAAGCUGUUGUAGAGGCUUCAAGAGAGGUUCAACGUAGUAAGAGAUUGAAAAAACUUCUGGAAGUAGUGCUAGCCUUUGGUAACUACAUGAACAAAGGUCAAAGGGGAAAUGCUGUAGGCUUCCGACUCGCUAGUCUUAACAGGGUUGCCGACACAAAAUCUGCCACCAACCGCAAUGUCACACUUCUUCACUUUCUUAUUGAAACUCUAGAGAAAAAGUUUAAAGACGUUCUAAAGCUAGAGGAAGACGUUCCUCAUGUUCGACAAGCAGCAAAAGUAAACAUGACUGAAUUAUCCAAAGAAAUUCAGGCUUUGAAGAUAGGUCUUCAAGAGGUGCAAAAGGAGUUGGAAUUUUAUCGAUCACAUAAACAACAACCUGGAGAUAAAUUCGUUCCUGUCAUGAGGGAAUUUAUCACCAGCGCCACCUAUAAGUUUUCAGAGCUAGAGGACACCUACCAGGACAUGAAGCAACGGUAUGAAAGAGUGGUUCGGUUAUAUGGAGAAGAUCCAGCUCAGAUGCAACCUGAUGAAUUCUUCGCUAUCUUUGAUACCUUUUUAACAUCUUAUAAUGAAGCUCGUCAAGAAUGUGAUAACUUAAAAAAGAAACGAGAAAGUGAAGAAAAGAGAACGAAACAAGAAGCAGAGUUGAAGAAGAAAGAAAAACCUGGGAAAGAAAUAAGCAACAAGACAGUAAAUGGAUUGAAGAAUGGCAGCAUCAAUGGUAUUCGUACCAUUCAUGGAACUUCAGAUAAAGGGGAAUUCGACGACUUGAUUUCUGCUCUCCGAACUGGAGAUGUAUUUGGAGAUGACUUGGCUAAGUUUCGCCGUAACAAGCGACGUGGCAGUCAACAGCAUGCAUCGACUCUUGGAAGUGAAAUAAGCCAGAGAAGAAGUUCGCUUAGGGACUCGAGUAGAGAAAGGAUCUCUUCGCCAGUGCGUACAAUGAAAGCUUAACAGUAAGAUAUAUUGUGGCUAUUGUUUUAACACAACAAGUACGAGUGAAAAAGGAACGCACAAGUUAUGAAAAAGGUGUCCAAUAUCUUACCAUAAGGCCAUUGAAAAGAGAGAAUCGCCAGUUUUCAAACCUUCUUCUUUUACAUUAUAGAAAGAAGAGGGAUGGACCUCCUGGAAUAUGGCAACUGUUGGACCAAUAUAUAUCCUUUACCUCGUGUUGUAGGAUGAGUGUAUAGAUGUUGCUUUAGAAACGUAUAUUUGUCCAACAUAUAACACCCUUAUUAACAGUGUGUAAAUGUUUGGCAGAGCAACUUGAUAUUCUGCUGGCCUAAAACCAGUCAUUUCUAUAAUAUUUAUUAUACCUGCAUGAUAAUGAUAUCUAUGUUAAGUAUGUCUGGAAAUGAAUUACAUACCAAGUACACAGAUGAGAGGCUGAUUUAAGUUUAGUGGCGGCUACUUGCGUCUUUAAUGCACACUAGCUUGUUCUAAACUCGUGGUUCCAGUUGUUAAAUACCAUGUUUGUGAACAUUAUUUCUAAAUGAAGUUCUUUCAGUAACAAAAGCAAAUUAUUUUAUCAAGCUGUAAAUCAGAAAGUAUUAAAAGGGGCGGGCAUCCUUCUUCCGAUCUUAAAUUCAACACUAAUUCCGGUAAAAUGUAUUAGCGUCGACAAAAAAAACCUCAAGUUUCCUAUGCUUUAAAUAGUUAUAAAUUCUUUUUGUUCUCAAACAAUGAAUCGUGAUGAAAAUGUUUAAUAGCAAACACUUUACCCUAGAAAAGUUAAGGUCACGUGCGCUUAUUAAUCGGAUUUGUUUGAUAUUCUAUUAACAUUCUCUGUUGGUUAUAUACAAAUAAUUUUAAUUAUUUGAACAUUUUUACAGCUCCUCAAGCUUCGGAUUGGUAAAGUUUUACUUAAUUUAUAAACUACAUUACAAUGCCAAAAUAAUAUUUUAUUCUUUCACUAUCGAACAGAAUUGAGAAACUAAUAUUUUUGAAGUAAACAUGGUUGCCUUUGAUACACAUUUAUAAGUAAGAUGCAAAAGAAUUAUUUUUAUUUAACUACAGUUCAGUAAAAAGUCACUAUACUUGUACACAAAUCUUUUCUUAGUUUCUUUUGCUGGAACUUUUACUUAGAAUUGCGAAGAACAGUUGAUCGAGGAAAUUGUCCAACAUUUCACGAGUUACUGAAACAUUCCUAGUUCAUUUCAAAAGCACUUAUACGUGCUUGUGUUCAUCCACACCUAGUAAUUUUCUCACCAGAUUUGAUACUAAUGAAGAAAAGGUGUUAGUGCAAUCGAAAGCAAAUUAUGAGAUAUGUGUUUAAAUAUUAAUAGAUGGCGCUAAAUAUGAUGGACCAAAACGGUUGUAUUCUAGGAUUUAAUAUAGUGUACGUUUGUUAGUACAUUAGGCACACCAAUGCUAAGUAAGUCGUAUAGAAAUAUUCACGGAUAACAUCCUCCAUACUUAAGUAAUUGCUGUUCUCAGUGCCAUAUUACAAAAAAUCCAUUUGUAGUUAACAUUGUACAGUUGCUUUCCAAUUGUGCAUCCAACCAUCAUAAUGGCGCUAAAAUGAAACAGAAAAUCCUGAAUAUUUGUAUAAUCUAACAUAGAAAGAAUUAAAAUUGGAAAUAGGUUCGUUGAUUCUAUAUAACUGUACUAGAUGGCGUUUACAUACUUUUUUGAAGAAACAAUGUUUAACUUAUUUCACGAUUAUGAAAAAGCCGAAUAUUUUUAAGGCGUUUCUUAUAACAAUAAGAACACAUUCGGCAAACAACUCACCAACUAUUAACUAUACCAUCUUUAUUAAUCAGAGUACAGCAAUACCCAAAGUAAUUAUCAACAACGUAACAAUAUUUUUUUUUUGAACAAUUAAAAUAUUUAUAAAGCAUGGUCAUAAUCAAAUUGAGAGGUAUUAAGAUUUGACUGAUGCAACAUGAUUUGAGUUGUAUUCAAUUUUAGCACGCCGUUGAUAAAAUGGCGAAGUGCGCCUCCUAUCACCAUUUAUUUGUAAUAAUCGUAGAAAAAAUAUAUAUAUAUUUCAACGGAAAGCUACACACAAUGGGUUAUGCGCUGCGGGUAAAUUCUCUAUCUGAGUAGUAUCCAAAUGGCUCAUGACAAUUACAUGAAAUAUUACAACUCAAACUUGGAUAAAAGUUAACUACAUCAUUGAAUGGUAAGCUCUGUAAUUUGCGUCUACACGGGCUAUGCCAAUUCACAUAUCAAUUGAAUAUUACGCUUGGAAUAUUGGAAAGCUUCACUGCCACACUCCGACAUUGCUUCGCAUAUUACCACUGUUAAUAAACGUUACAUUUCCCCCUUGUUUAGAAAAGACUUACCGUAAUAAACAAAAAACGCCGAAUUCCCUUGAAACAUUAAUUGCCACCCCAGUAUAAAUGGUGAUAAAUAUACUAGAGUAAAAUUUGAUAUUAACGAAAGAUGCUGUCAGUAACUCAGAAGUUGUCUAAACUUUCAAUUUAACAACUGAAUCCAAACGUAUAUGGAAAAUAUAAAACCUUUGAAGUAAUGAGAUGUUUGGCACUUCAUAAAACUGUAGCGUAUUUUUGCCAACUAGUUGUAUGUGCAAAAUGCUGAAUAUUUCUAUUACAUUUAAUAACUGUCCUGUGCAUAUCCGCUUUUUGUGCUUUAUUAUUUAUACCCUUUUUUAGUGAUAUGCAAAAACUUGUACAAUGUAAAAUAUCUUAGUAUUAUUAAGGGUAUGACCAUAUAUAGUUUCUGUUUCUGCAAAUGUGAUAAAGCCUUAUGUAUAUAAGUUAUAUACAAUAUUAAAGCUUAGCUUGCUUAUCUAGUCACGAUUUUGUAAUUAUCCUUCAGUAUUGAUUAGAUAUUUCUUUUUCUUAUAUUUUUCUGAUAUUUGCAAGCAUAACGUGCUUUUUUUGUACAAGUAAGAUUUUUUAGGUAAAUCAAACCAAGGUUUGAAAAAAAAAAGUUAUUGGUAGUUCAAAUACCAUGUAUUUUAAAUUGUAUUUUCUUUUAAUGUACAAAACUUAUUUGAAGUAAAGACACCUUCUGUCAACCUAAGUGAACUUGCUAUAGGUGGAAAUAAAUAGCACUAUAAGUAUACACUGCUACUGUUGUUUAAAACUUGUCAAAAGAUAAUGGCCUGGAAAUCAAUAAACAUGUAACUCGUGGUUAGAUCGUAAAUAUA